UAAUAUUAUAUUUCUCUUACACAAGAACACAAUGUCUACAGUUUGGAGUUCAUAUCUAGUUGGGAAUGGAUGCGAGUGACUUUCUCAACCAUAAGCAGAAGUUGGUAAUGGAAACAAAUAUGACACAACGGAGAAAAAAAAACUUCUCUUAUUUUGAUGCUCUGUGGCUUUUAAACAGUAUUUCUCUGUCUGGAAGUCACAAAAAGGUGAACAGAAAGACCGUAAGGAUGACAGCGGAGGAGGUCAAGUAUGCCUCGGUCAUAUUCAAAACCAACAAACAAUCCCGAUCAGAAGUUAAAAUGGAGGAGGAAAUUGUGUAUGAUGAAGUAAAGGUGGAAGGAAAAGCAACGGAACAAACUCCUGACACAAAUGGAUUCUUGCAAAACAAGAAAGCCAGCAGAUGUCACCACUGUCAGCAGCUGGCUUGUUGUUUGGGAACACUUUGUGUCAUUCUGGUGUUGGGCUUCAUAGCAGCCAGUGUUUACUAUCUCUACAACAAACUCAGCUCAAACGCUGAAGACUUGAGGAGGACCCAAACCAACCUGACACAAGCCUUCACUGUUUUAGAAAAACAGGUGACAAAAAUGAUUGAAAUAAACCUGAACCUUACACAGGAAAAUGAGAAACUGGAGGCAGAGAAGAAAAACAUAACAGAAAAAACACACCACAUGAAGACAUCCUGGAAGGAGCCCAGUGUUAAUCAGUCUCAGUGGAGCAUUGAUGUCUACUGUCCCAAACAAAAUAACAGCAGACAGUGUAAACCUUGUCAGAAGGGCUGGUUGGACUUCCAGUCCAGCUGCUAUGCAAUUUAUAAUGUUGAAACUUCUAAGCAGAAAACCUGGGAAGAAGCCCGAGAAGAGUGCAGAGGAAAGAUUUCAGAUUUGGUUGUUGUAAUUGAUGCAGCAGAAAAGAACAUUGUCAGUGACAACAGUCAGAACAGUACAUUAAGCAAAGGAUACUGGAUUGGUCUGAGAGCUGAAGGUGGGAAAUGGAAGUGGGUGAAUGGAUGUGAUCUGACUAAUAACUCCUGGAUCCAACAGCCUCCUUCUGAUGGUCUCUGUGCAAUUUCUGUCCAAAACCAAGGAUUUGAAUCAGUGAGCUGUGGUGAGAAGAACCGAUGGAUCUGCAAAAAGAAAGCUUUAUCUGUUUGAAUACUGCAGUAAAACUUCAGAAGUCUACUGAAUAGUCUGGAAAUAUAAUAUUAAUGAUAUUGGAUGGCUGCUCCUCCCUGAGUGUGGUUCUGCCCGAGGUUUCUU